AAGGCCGGGAUUUCCCCUAGGACAUCAGCUUCCACACUAGCUACAGGCCAGCACAAAAUCUUCCCUAAGGUAGCAGUUUAGGAACUUCCUGUUGGUUUACAUUUCAAACAGAUUAUAUUUAAUUUUCACCUCACCAGUCAGUGCUCAGAGUGAACAGUGAUAUGGUCAGGAGACUGACGGAUGGGGCAUUCUGCUGAGAACUGAACCAGUGACCACCCGGCUUCUAAGGAGAACAGACAGCCAUCAUGGAAUCCAGACCCCAGAAGAGUCCAGGCAAACCAUUGGCAUUUUAUUAUGAAAAUGAAGUCUGCAAACAAGAUUACUUUAUUAAAUCCCCACCUCCUCAGCUUUUCUUCUCUGCUUCUUCUUGGAAAAGGCGGUAUUUCAUUCUUUCCAAGAGUGGGGAAAGGAGCCUUCGUCUUUCCUAUUACAAAGACCAGCAUCGCAGAGGGUCCAUUGAAAUCGACUGGAAUUCCAGUGUAGAAGUUGGCAUACAUGGCCAGGAAAAAAUGCAAUCUGUACAGAAGAUGUUUAAAUGUCUCCCUGAUGAGGUGAUGUCCAUACGAACUACUAACAGGGAAUACUUCCUCAUUGGGCAGGACAGGGAGAAGAUUAAAGACUGGGUCUCCUUCGUGUCAUCAUUCUGCCUCGGGGGAGAGACAGCACGCCACAGCCCACAGCAGGAGAAAUUCUCACUGGGCGGUAAAAGGCCCUCUUCAGACCCCAGCCCUCUUCUUGGUUCUCCCAGCACAUCAGAGGCUGUUGGCCCCACCACACCAAGAAAUAGUCUUCCAGACAUGCAUUUAAUGGAAAAAAAUUCUCCAGGACUCAGACAAGCCCAUUUACUACAUGAUUUCUUGUCAGAGACUACAGAAGAUUCAGAAGAAGAGAGUUAUUAUGUUAGUCCUCAAAGCAUUCUUUCAGAGUUGAAUACUUUUGUUGCUUCCAAUGACUCUGGUGAAUCUGCCGAGGCUGACAGUCUAAACCAGUUCUCUGAGACAACUGAGAAUCACUACAUGUCAAUGAAAUCCUGUGUCUUCAGAGAGACGUCCCACAAGACUGCUGAUAAUAACAAGGAAUCCCAGGCCCUUCCAGAGAUCCAGAACAGGGGACUUCACCUACAAGAACAAGACUCACAAAGUGACUCUUGUCUUCCACCUGCCAAUAUGGAAGCACAGACCGUGAAUGACAUAAAGGGGUUGGCCUCGCUUACUGUUGUGCAAUUAUCUAUUCUAAUCAAUAACAUCCCUGAUGAAGGCCAAGUGGAGAAACUAAAUGUGUUCCUUUCUCCUUCCGACAUCAUCAAUUAUCUCACUCUCACAGAAGCCGCAGGUCAGAUAUGUGUGGCUCAGUGGCAAGGCCCCCCGCGCCUGGGAUGCUUAUUUUUUCACGGAGAUCAUCUUUUGGCCGUGAACGACCUGAAGCCCCAUGGUCUGGACGAGGCCUCCUUGUUUCUCAGCCGGUCUGUCCAGAAGGAGAAAAUAAAACUCACCAUCGGCCGCAUCCCAAAUUCGGAGAAAUUUCAUGCUGUCUCCUGCACGUGCUCCUUAAAAAAUGAGCAUGCCGUACCUUAUCAACUGGAUAAGUCUGGACCCGGGAAGACACUGAAGAGGAGUCCGGCCGUUAGAAAGGGCCAGUGCAAAGGAAGUGGAGAGGAACAGGCCAAGUCCCACAGAGGGGCAGAGAGGGUCCCUGGACUCUGCAGGGCUCUGCCUUCACCGCUGUGUGAGACGAGGCAAGUUAACACAGCUCUCUGAUUUUCGGCAUCUACAUCUCAACCGCGGGGAUAACUCCCCUCUCUGGCUAUUUGCAUCCGGGACGGUGAGAGGACCAAGCAUGGUAAUGACUGUGGAAUACAGAGGAAAUGGAAGGCCUCAAUAUCUCAGACUUUGUCCCACACACCACCGAGACUGGGUAAGUCCCUCAUCUAAGAUGAACACGGUGUGCUCUCUGAGGCGGUACCCCCACGUCAUCCCUUCUCUGUUGGGAACAUACGGUUGGAAAUGCUCGUUCCAGGAAGGCAAGGUUCCAGAGAUGUGAUAUCAUAUCAGUCCUCCCAAACACCUCCUGCUCCUUGUCAUGCCCUUGGUCCAAAAUGCCAGGCAGAGUCGCCUCUUGGACUCAAUAAUUAUCUUGUUUUCUUAAAGACCCAGUAACUAUUCUAGCAGUCAAAGCAUUUUCAGGUCAUAUACAGUAAAGAUCUGUUUUCUCUACAAGGAAUUAAGCCAAUGACUUACCACUUCUGAGUUUGGAAAAGUCUUAACUAAUUGAUACAGUAAUUGAUCCUACAGGC